CGGCAGAGAACAGCGCGCUCCCGAGAGGGCACGGCAUAAAUCUAGUUACUGUAAUCGUACAACAUACACUGGUGACUUAUUUACGUCGCUACAAUGAUAUAAGUUCGAACAUUUAUAAACACAAGCAAUCAGGGUAAGGCGUUGAACAAUACUAAGCACUUGGAUUAUACAUUUCUCUUUUCGAUGGAAGCGCCAAGAGGGGUUCCGGAGACGAUUUUUUUCUGUCAGGAAAUUGGACGCAUUAAAGAUAUUUUACUUUGUGUUGGUGGGCAUACGGACUUAUUUUUUGCUGAUUGUCCUGAAUUCAACAAUUCGUCUGAUAAGUUGGUGUAGGCCUAUGUCGGUAACUUCUUUUGUUUGUUAAAGCAGCAUUUUUCACUUCUACGGAGUUUUUGCUCGAGUUGCAAUAAGCUGCGGGGAAAUGAGUAAGGCUACUGACUUAUAGUGUACUGUAUUCUGUCUAGUCCAUAAUCACUGCAAGAUUUUCCUCCGGUAGUAUGUCAACCAAAUAUUUCGUUGUUUCGUCAUAAGCUUUGAAUUUGUAUAUAUAUAUAUAAACAUACAAAACAUUUUCGGUACGCUUUUUCUGAAUCAAUCGUCCGUCACCCACCAUGUUGUGGCUUUAACCACUUUCCCCAAAACUUUCUUUUGUUAUAAUAUGAUCUAGACGACAGCGCUACAAUAGAAACGGGCGACGAUAAGCUAUAAAGUUAUGGAUAGCGUAUUCUUUUUUGCAUAAAAGUGAAGCUAUAGGCCUACACGUUGGAUUGAAACGUGCAUAAUCCGAAAGGGGGAAAUCUGCAAAUUUAGCAGGAAAAGAGGCCAUCAAAAUCACGGAAAUCGCUUGGUCUUUUUCUUGGGUGUUCUGUUACAAAUGGAUUUCAUAAAGGCAACGAGGUUAUUGUUGCACCUUUUGUGUUCAUUUUCAUAAACGUCCACGUGCGACAUUUUUUUUUAUAGGAAAUGUCUUUAAUAUUCUUGUAAGAUUCUUUGCCUUUUGUUCAUUUUUCCAUUCCAGACUGUAACAUAAAGAGAUGCCAUCUGACAUCUGUUUUAAUGUUUGGGAAGAUGAGCAUCUUGGAUGUUAUGGCGACGCAGGCUUGACAUUGCUCUUUUUUUGGAUGUAUUUUAACACUGUCUAAAGUAGGCAUUGUAAUCAGACUAGUUGGCUCUUUCGUUGAACAGGAUACAGAGUAACACUCGAUGUGAUGGAAAAAUAGAAGGGUCACUAUUAGUGGAAAGUAUUUGUAUGCGCCAUAGCCUACCAACUUUUGGGCAGCGUGCACGACUGCCCCCGCACCCGUGGGUCGUCCCCACCAUGGCAUCCACAACAUCACUCAGCACCUCAGCGGGGUUGUUUGAGUGACAUGACAACACUGUGGGAUUUAAAGACGAGGAUGCCGAAGUGGGGUUAACGGCUGAGCGCAUCCUGUCUGCUGAGCGACCUGUUUUUUCAGCAAGAUAUAGAGGCCAACAUCCUACAGUAGACGGCGCCUUCCAUCAUCACCCCGGCCUUGCCCUCGACAGAGGUCAUGAGGUCCACAGCUGCAUGCUGUUGAUGGGUGCCGGCACUGCAGAAGGAAGUCUCUGAAGGCGGCUGGCUAAGACACCGUACACAUAACGUAAACACACACAUCACCAACAUGAAUGAGAGACAGGCUCUCCACUCUAUCAUGAAGGACCUGGUGGCCCUGCAGAUGACUAGGCGCCAGCCUUUGCCCUCCCAUGACACGGGCAAGCCCAAGACGCCCACGCCCACCACCAGACAGAUUCCACAGGAUGAUGUCAGAAUCAAGUUUGAGUUCUGUGGAGAGAGGAGGAUCCUGAUGUUUGGCCGACCUGUGCAGUUUGAGGAAAUACAGCAGAAAGUCAAGACUGUUUUUGGCCAACAGUUAGACUUGCACUAUAUGAAUAAUGAGCUGUCCAUCCCCCUGCGUGCCCAGGACGACCUGGACAAGGCCAUCGACCUGCUGGACCGCAGCUCCAACAUGAAGAGCAUUAAGAUCCUGCUGCUGACGCAGGAGCACGCCAACAUGUCUUCUUCUUCUCACUCGACGGUGGCCAAGCAGGUGAGGAUCAAAGCCUCCCAGUCCACAGGUGAUGUCAGCACCGCGUACCAAGCCUCAGAACCCAGGGGGCGCCACCUUUCCACCAGCUCUCAGAACACAGGCCGCAGCUCUCCACCCCCUGGCUACGUCCCUGAGCGGCAGCAGAGGAUCGCCCGCCAGGGCUCCUACACCAGCAUUAACAGCGAGGGGGAGUUCAUCCCCGAGACCAUCGACCAGUGUGUGCUGGAUCCUUGGAGCAGCGCAGAGAACUCAGUGUCUGGCAGCUGCCAAUCACUGGACAGCAGCUCAGACAGCCCUUCCCAAAGGAAGUCACGCAUGCACAGAGCCAAGAGCUACCCUGAUAACAGGCAGGAGUGCUCAGACCGGGAGAACCACGUUUAUGACAAGGUGGUGGGGAAGGGAGGAACCUACCCCCGCCGCUACCACGUCUCUCUGCACCACAAGGACCACAGUGAAGGCCGACGAACAUUCCCACGUAUUCGUCGUCCCCAAGGCAACUUAUUCACGCUGGUCCCGUCACGACGCUCCCUCAACGGCAGCGAGGAGAGCCUGGGCAGCUGGCAGCUGGUCGAUGCCCAGGGCAGACUCCGCCCACAGGACCGCCCUGUGGCCCACAAGUCCCCCAGUGCUCCGGUGACGUGGCGUCGGGGCAAGCUGCUGGGCCAGGGUGCCUUUGGGAGGGUCUACCUGUGCUACGAUGUGGACACGGGCCGGGAGCUGGCUGCUAAGCAGGUCCAGUUUGACCCUGACAGCCCUGAAACUAGCAAGGAGGUGAGUGCUCUGGAGUGUGAGAUCCAGCUGCUCAAGAACCUACACCACGAGCGUAUUGUCCAGUACUACGGCUGUCUGAGAGACCGCAACGAGAAGACUCUCACCAUCUUCAUGGAGUACAUGCCAGGGGGCUCAGUCAAAGACCAGCUGAAGGCCUACGGAGCGCUGACAGAGAAUGUGACCCGGAAGUAUACCCGGCAGAUCCUGGAGGGCAUGUCCUAUCUCCAUAGCAACAUGAUUGUUCACAGGGACAUCAAAGGUGCCAACAUUCUGCGAGAUUCAGCGGGAAAUGUAAAGCUGGGAGAUUUUGGCGCCAGCAAGAGGUUGCAGACCAUCUGUAUGUCUGGCACAGGCAUCCGCUCUGUCACCGGCACCCCCUACUGGAUGAGUCCGGAAGUGAUCAGUGGAGAGGGGUACGGCAGGAAGGCCGAUGUCUGGAGUCUAGGCUGUACGGUGGUGGAAAUGCUCACAGAAAAACCACCCUGGGCAGAAUACGAGGCCAUGGCGGCCAUCUUUAAGAUCGCCACUCAGCCGACCAAACCCAUACUGCCCGCGAACACCUCUGACCACACUCUGGACUUCAUCCACCGCAUCUUCGUGGACGCGAAGCACCGGCCCAGUGCUGAGGAGUUGCUUAGACACCCCUUCUCCCAGAUCCUGUGCUGAGACGGUCAGAGACGGCAAGCUCUCCUCGUGACCCGCCCCACAGACAAGCAGGCUCACUGACUGAAACUGCGUGAGUUUCCUCCUUCAGGGGACUCCUUAGAGCAGACACAUCUCAUCCAGACUCCCGGGUCAUUCCAUUAUCAGCUCUGUGGUUGCUAUUGACAAUCAUAGGCAAUGUGUUUUCUUGACAACCCUCACCAGUGCUUUAUUUGGUCUGAGUACCUCCUCCCACCAGGGGGCGCCACGCGACCUGUGAUUCCCCCACUGACUGGGAUUGAGGGGCAAUCCUUGUGCCUCAACAAUGUCCGUUGCUUUAGUGUUCCGUAGAGAGAACACAGACUCCAAAUGUGUCUUAAAUGCACCAAAGUGUCCUCUCGCGCGUUUACAUUUCUCCAGACGGUCUCUCUCGGCUGAGAUCUCUGAGGUAACUGUGACUCGCCUCAGCUUGCGCUGAAUACUGUCUCAAGGAGCAGGACCCAUGACGUGUUAAACCCCUCUUAUGCACUACUCACAGUGUGACUGAGAACGGACAGUAUUUACCUCUCCUUCCGUCCUUCAAACUGUUUGCGAUGUUGACAAGACUCUCUCUAAUAGGCCUCCGAGUUAACCUCAUGUUACCUUGACAGUUUAUAUUGACGAUAACUGUGCCUUAAUGUUUUACCCUCUACUGCAGUACAUCAAUUGCUGCUUAGAUUGUACCAAAGAAGAAUGGCGUGAGGUUCAAUCACGGAGGGGCUUCAUGUAUUUGAGACCAUACAAUGAGACUGAUGAUAUCGUCUGCUACUCAUUAACUGAGGAAUACAAUCCUAAUGCAUUAUGUAUAGUCUUUUUGCUGUUGGCUUGGCCAGUCAGUAUACUGUUCAUCUGUCUUGGAAGCACUCCCAUUUAGGAUUCAUUUUAAUCAGAUGCACUUUUAUGUAAAAUACGAACAACGUUCUUGUUCUGCCUGCCAAAUUUCCUUCUUUUUACAGGUUUAUUUCACUUUUAUUUAUAUCCCUGUGUCCAUUCAAUUAGAUUUUUACAUACAAAUAUAUAUGUAUAAAUAUAUUUUUUAUAUAUUGUCUCUGUAAAGACCAUUUGAAAUCAAAUGAUGCUUUUUAGGUAUAUGAGAAAUGUUGUGGUCAAGUGAUAAACUGUGGAAGCAGCUGGUUUUGCAGAGAUUAUGAAAUUAGGGUUGAUAAUGUAAGUAAACAACUGGGUGGAAAAUAAGCUCUGUCUGUCCCACCAAAUCACUUUUUCUACCACAAGAUUUUUUCAAAUAUAUGUUUCAGCAUCCUCGCUUUAUUUCAGGCAUGCAAGUUUGUAUUGGAACCCUUCUGCUAGGAAAUCUCAUGCAGACUACAGGCCAGAAGUCAUUUCAGUCUUGUUUUAACACAAGAACAAUUUAAACAAUUUGGUAUUCUAUAUGAUGAAGUGUAGAAUGAGGAGGAAAGCUGUAAUGUACCAACGUGUUGUCGCUAGAGCCGUCUGAGUGUCCUCGCACCGAGAUCGAGGUGGCAGAGCGUGUGAGAAAGCUAACAGCCAGGAGAGCGUUCUGGAGGAGUGUGAUGCCAGUGUUCCACCCAGCACGACGAAUUUGUUUAGCUCAGGGUUCAAAGACUAGUAUCUGGCCCCUACCAUACUUUUAGAAACGGGCUCCCUUAUGUCUCACUUUGGUCUGGUUUGAAAUCCUUUACUUGCCCUUUAUGUUUCUGUAUCUUAAACAUUUGAGUGACGAGCAGAUGUCAUGUGGCUGCUAAAUGCUAAAGGCAGCUAAAAUCAAUUCAGUAUUGAAAGUGGUCCUAUUUUGGAAAAAAGCCAAACAUUUGAAUGAACCCUGGGGUAAGCAAAUGACUACAAGCUAGAUGUUUAGAAAUAUAAAUGAUUAUGUAUCAUGACAGGAUUUGCAGUGCAAAGUCCAGUGUAUCAAAUUUAUUUACAAUGAAAAAGAAUGGUCUUUUAUAUAUUGUUGAGUGCCUACUUUCAAAAGCAAAUAAAUUGUUUUUGUUUCUGGUC